AUGUCUCCUUUCAAAAUAUUCUUGUUCACAUCUCUCCUCGCGGCGGCGUUUUCAGCCUCCACCGCUGACUUCAACAGCGACGUCAACGUGGCUUGGGGAAACGGCCGUGGGAAGAUACUCAACAACGGCCAGCUUCUUACUCUCACGUUAGACAAAUCAUCUGGUUCUGGUUUUCAAUCCAAAACAGAGUAUUUGUUUGGUAAGAUUGAUAUGCAGAUUAAGCUCGUUCCUGGUAACUCAGCAGGGACUGUCACAACUUUCUACCUAAAAUCAGAAGGAACGACUUGGGAUGAGAUUGAUUUUGAGUUUUUGGGUAAUAUGACUGGAGAUCCUUAUACGUUACACACCAAUGUUUACACUCAAGGUAAAGGUGACAAAGAGCAACAGUUCCAUCUCUGGUUCGACCCAACCGCUAAUUUCCACACUUACUCAAUCCUCUGGAACCCUCAAAGAAUCAUAUUAACGGUUGAUAAUACGCCAAUUAGAGAGUUCAAAAACUCUGAGUCUCUCGGUGUUUUGUUUCCAAAGAGUAAGCCAAUGAGGAUGUACGCAAGUUUAUGGAACGCAGACGAUUGGGCAACUAGAGGCGGUCUGGUUAAAACAGAUUGGUCCAAAGCUCCAUUCACUGCUUCUUACAGGAACAUUAAGAUCGAAGGUUGUGCUCAUUCCAACGGAAGGUCGUCUUGUGCCUCGACGAAACCAAGCUCUAAUUGGUACACGCAAGAAAUGGAUUCAACGAGCCAAGCUAGACUCAGAUGGGUUCAGAAGAAUUACAUGAUCUAUAAUUAUUGUACGGAUACUAAGAGGUUUCCACAGGGAGCCCCUAGGGAAUGUGCCAGGUCAUAG